AAACAGAGCGAAAGAUCGUUGAAGAAUGAAGAUCCGCUCCGGCUAUCCAGGGUCCAGCCAGCACUGAGUUUGAGUUUGGCUGGUUCCCGUACGGCAGAUCCUGGGGAGAACCGAGAGGAGUGAACUUAGUGAAGGUUCCCCAGACCGAACACUUUCUGCUCCGUUAAGUCCGCCCGACCGACCCCACCACCGCUGAAAUUUUCUGGAUGUCUGCCGCCAGUCUAGGCGGGCCUCUGAUACAUCUGCCGUGCUGGAGUUUGAUUCAUUCGUUAUCCAGCCUUAUCUAUGAAUUAAUACUGCAAUACUGCCCGAUACAAUGCCUGCGAUGCCUGCGACGCCCGCGACGAGGAGCCUCCCACUCCCCGACGAGUGGUCGGACCCAGAUGCCUACGUCGAAGCCCUCCUGUCGUUCGCUACGUCCUCCGACCUGUUCAGGCACCUCUGCGGAGGCGUACAUAUGCUGGACUUCUUGACGCGCGAGCCCGACCUCUACACCACGCUUCUGCCCGAUGACUGGAGACAGUUUUUCGAACACCACCACAUCGCAGACAUCAUCGACCUGCUGCUGCGCGACGACAUCGAACCGAUCCUAGCGGCUCACAAACAGGGAAAUGCUGCAGGGCAGGAGUGGAGAGACGCUCCGGGCUUACCCCCGCUGUCGCUGCUGGAGUACAUCUCGCAGAUUCGCCGACUUACUCUGCGCAGGGGGUUUACGCCCCGCGAAUCGGGCAAGGCCACAAUUCCGCCGCGGAUUGCUGUGGGGAUGAAAGUGAAGAAAUACCACGAGGUGGCGCAUUUCUCGAAAUACGUCAAUUCACUGUGUAAUACCGUGAAGCAGGAGCGGGGCGAGGAGAUUUCGCAUAUUGUGGAUUUUGGAUCGGGCCAGAACUACCUUGGGCGGACGCUGGCUAGUCCUCCGUAUAACAGGAAUAUUGUUGCCAUUGAACGGAGACACCAGUUCAUUAAUGGAGCUAACCGUAUGGACGUCUACGCGAGGUUGGCUGAGAAGAAGAAGGUGCGGCUUGACAAGAAGCCAGAGGAUUGCAAGGUCUGCGAGGACCCAGAUUUGGCAGUAGAGAGGCCUGACCCUCGGCCAGAGAAGACGGAUAUGUCAGGUACAAACAAGGACGAGACUGGAAAUAAUGAUGAUGUGGCAGAAAUCAAUAUCUUCCGUGACAUCAGCGUCACAGCGGACGAACUCGGCUCGUUCCCGAAAAGCAAUAAUGUCAAGAGGCCGGCCGCAGAGCCGGAGGGGCCACGAGGGGCAAUGGACUACAUUGAGCAUGAAAUCAAGGAUGGCUACCUUGAGCCAAUCAUCAAAGACGUUGUUUCCCCUACGAGCGAAGGCCCAGCCGAGACGGAACGCGCCGAGCCGGCCUCGGAUGCAAAGGUCAUGGUCGUGUCAUUGCACUCAUGCGGGAACCUUGUCCAUCAUGGUGUUCGGGCCUUGAUCCUGAACCCAUCGGUAAAGGCGAUUGCCAUGAUUGGGUGCUGCUACAACCUGAUGACGGAGCGGCUUGGGCCUGCCACGUAUAAGUUACCUGUCUUACGGACUAUGCACCCGCGUCUAACAAAAGAUGCCGUUGCAUACGAUCCACAUGGCUUUCCAAUGUCGAAACGCUUGGAAGAUUUUGAGCACGACGGCGGGACCGGCGUGAAACUGAACAUCACCGCUCGAUCAAUGGCCGUUCAAGCUCCGUACAACUGGGGUCGAGAUGAUGCAGAGGAUUUCUUCACCCGCCACUACUACCGCACGCUCCUCCAGCGUGUCCUGGUGGACCGGGGGAUCGUGCAAAAACCCUCAAUACCAAAAGAACUCUACGGCGACGGCUCCGAGAACCCGGACAAAGUGGGCAACCCUCUCAUUGUUGGGUCUCUGCGCAAGGCUGCCUUCACUUCAUUCCAAGCAUAUACCCGCGCGGCGAUUGUGAAGCUGAGCCGUGACCCCGUUUACGGCGAGAAGGUGAAAGCAGGCAUGGCCGACAUCACCGACGAAGAGCUCGACCGUUAUGCUACGGAGUAUUGGCCAACGAAGAAGAGACUCAGCGUGACCUGGACUCUGAUGUCGUUCAGCGCUUCGGUGGCUGAAGCCAUCAUUGCCGUAGAUCGAUGGCAGUAUCUGCGUGAGCAGGACUGCGUAAAGGAGUGCUGGGUGGAACCUGUGUUCGAUUACGGCGAGAGCCCUAGGAACUUGGCUGUCAUUGGGAUCAAGAAAUGAGCCAGCGGCUGUCGUGAAUCAGAAACCAUACGAUCGAUUCAAUGAUUAGGCCGUGGCUCCAAACGAUCUGACAUGGCCACGAGUCGUACUUCCCAGAUCAGCCGGCCGGGCAAACCAGUCCAGAUCAACUUCGUGAAGAGAGCGUCAGGCGAUCCCAUAUCGAUGGGUUGCGUAGAUGACAUCUACAUUUAGACAAGAUACCCGGGGCAAACACAAUGCUCCACACUUAGACACUGCAUACUGAAAAAAAAGUCUGAUAGAAAUCAAUAGAACAUUAAACACCAUGAUAAAUCAAUCUAGGCAGAGCCUUCAAUUUCUCACU